CUUCUGCGGGAAGCACCCGGCGACUCCGAGCCUCUCCUGCCGUCAGCGGGGGGCGGGAUGGGGCUCGGGAAUCGAGACACCCAGCAGCGCCCCGCGUCUCACCUCUCCGCCCGGGUCGCAGCUGUCGGGUCAGCGUGGUUUGUUGACAGUCACGAAGGGUGCCGAGCCGAGCCCACACACUGGGUAACCCAGCAAAGAAGAACAGAUGUGAUUUGAGGAAUCAGUUUGCCAAAGCCUUGAACCGAAGUCUUAGAAAUUGGGAUAUCCGCGUUCGGAUAAGUGGACAUCCAGCCCUUUUGCGGUGGGUUACUGUAGGAGAAGUAGAAUGCCGGCUGCUUGAGCUCACUCUGGAACAAGAUGGAAGAAGAUCUGGAGCGUCCAAACUCUUCCUCUGAAAAACGCUAUUUUCCUGAAUCUCUUGAUUCCAGUGACGUGGACGAGGAGGGGCUUUUGGCCUGUGAGGAUUUGGAACUCAACCCUUUUGAUGGGUUGCCAUAUUCAUCUCGCUAUUAUAAACUCCUGAAGGAAAGAGAAGCUCUUCCAAUAUGGAAAGAGAAAUACUCCUUUAUGGAGAAUCUGCUUCAAAAUCAGAUCGUGAUCAUUUCAGGAGAUGCCAAGUGUGGCAAGAGUUCUCAGGUCCCGCAGUGGUGUGCCGAGUACUGCCUCUCCGUCCACUACGAGCACGGGGGCGUAGUGUGCACACAGGCCCACAAGCAGACGGCCGUCCAGCUCGCCCUGCGGGUGGCGGACGAGAUGGAUGUGAACAUUGGCCACGAAGUCGGCUACGUGAUCCCUUUUGAGAACUGCUGUACGAGCGAAACCAUCCUGAGGUAUUGUACCGAUGACAUGUUGCAAAGAGAAAUGAUGUCCAAUCCUUUUCUGGGUAGCUAUGGGGUCAUCAUCUUAGAUGACACACACGAAAGGAGCAUCGCGACCGACGUGCUCCUUGGACUGCUUAAAGAUGUCUUACUAGCGAGACCGGAACUGAAGCUCGUGAUUAACUCCUCACCUCCCCUGAUCAGCAAACUCAGCUCUUUCUAUGGAAACGUGCCUCUCAUCGAAGUGAAAAAUAAGCACCCAGUGGAGGUCGUGUACCUCAGUGGGGCUCAAAAGGAAUCUUUUGAGUCUGUCGUACACCUUAUCUUUGAAAUUCACCACUCUGGCGAGCAGGGUGACAUUGUGGUCUUUCUGGCCUGUGAACAAGAUAUUGAAAAAGCCUACGAAAUCGUCUGUCAAGAAGGAUCCAACUUAAACCCAGAUCUCGGUGAGCUGGUGGUGGUCCCUUUGUAUCCAAAAGAGAAAUGUGCGUUGUUCAAGCCAAAUGAGGAGACAGAAAAAAGAAGCCACGUUUAUCAGAGAAGAGUGGUGUUGACGGCCAGCUCUGGAGAGUCUCUGAUCUGGAGCAACACAGUCAGAUUUGUCAUCGACGUGGGCGUGGAAAGAAGAAAGGUGUACAACCCGAGAAUAAGGGCAAGCUCACUUGUCAUGCAGCCCAUCAGCCAGAGCCAGGCGGAGACACGCAAGCAGAUUCUCGGCUCAUCAUCGUCAGGAAAACUUUUCUGUCUGUACUCGGAAGAAUUUGCCACCAAAGACAUGCGGCCACUGAAGGCAGCCGAGAUGCAGGAAGCCAACUUAACCAGCAUGGUGCUCUUCAUGAAGCGGGUAGACAUUGCGGGCUUAGGCCACUGCGACCUCAUGAACAGACCAGCCCCGGAAAGCUUGAUGCAGGCUUUGGAAGACUUGGAUUACCUGGCAGCCCUGGACAACGACGGAAAUCUCUCUGAAUUUGGAAUCAUCAUGUCAGAGUUUCCUCUCGAUCCGCAGCUCUCAAAGUCUAUCUUAGCAUCCUGUGAAUUUGACUGUGUGGAUGAAAUGCUGACAAUCGCGGCCAUGGUCACAGCUCCCAGCUGCUUUUCGCGUCUGCCGCGCGGAGCCGAGGCGGCUGCCUUGACUUGCUGGAAGACAUUUUUACAUCCCGAGGGAGAUCACUUUACCCUCAUCAACAUUUACAAGGCCUACCAAGACGCGACUCUGAACUCUACCAGCGAGCACUGUGUUGAAAAAUGGUGUCAGGACUACUUCCUCAACUGUUCUGCGCUCAGAAUGGCCGACGUCAUCCGAGCGGAACUCGUAGAAAUCAUCAAGCGGAUCGAGCUUCCCUACGCGGAGCCUGCUUUCGGCUCCAAGGAGAACGCGCUGAACAUAAAGAAAGCCCUGCUGUCCGGCUACUUCAUGCAGAUUGCUCGGGAUGUGGACGGGUCCGGUAACUACCUGAUGCUGACGCACAAGCAGGUGGCCCAGCUGCACCCCCUGUCUAGUUACUCCAUCACCAAGACGACGCCAGAGUGGGUUCUCUUCCACAAGUUCAGCAUCUCCGAGAACAACUACGUCAGGAUCACCUCAGAAACCUCUCCUGAGCUAUUUAUGCAGCUGGCACCACAAUACUAUUUCAGUAACCUGCCUCCUAGUGAAAGCAAGGAUAUUCUACAGCAAGUAGUGGACCACCUAUCACCUAUUUCAACAAUGAAAAAGGAACAGAAAAUAUGUGAAAAGUGCCCUGAAACUACUGAGCAAAGAUGCACUCUCCAGUGACUUUAGAACCUUCUACACAAAACAUGAUGUGCAAUACGUAUCGCAAAGGCAGCCUACCUGGUCCGCUGGAGAGGUGCAGAUAUCCCACGACAAGGAGUCUCCCACCCCACAGAGGAUAGUCUUGAAAAAUUAACACUUUGUAUGUUAUUUGAAAAUAAAAAAAUAGAAGUUUUUAAUGAGUUCUUUAAAUAACUACUCCAUGUUUUUCUUCUUAUUGGGAAAGUUUUUAAUCAACUAUUCAUAAUUUGACCAAAAUUUAAAAAUAAAAAACAAAAAACGUAUUUUGUAAAUGUGUCACAGACACAGGCAACAGAACCCUACUUUUUGUAGAGGACCUAAAUCUAAAUAAAGUCAUCAGUUUUUCAGUAAA